UCAAUGAAACACACUAAUGUAUACCAAUAUACAACAACAACAACAAAAAAGAGAGAGAGCCAUGAGAGUUUAUCAAAUAGCAAAUAUAUUUUUCAUUUAAUUUUUAAGAGAUGAGUAGUUCGAAUUUUGCUAGUAGUAGCAUGUCGGGGAGCGGAGGCGGUGGAAGCAGCAGUGGCGGAGGCGGAGGAGGGCCGUGUGGCGCGUGCAAGUUCUUGAGGAGGAAGUGCGUGACGGGGUGCAUAUUUGCGCCACAUUUUGACUCCGAGCAAGGAGCAGCGCAUUUUGCGGCCGUGCACAAGGUGUUUGGAGCUAGCAACGUGUCGAAGCUCCUCCUCCACGUCCCACUGGAGAAGAGGCCCGACGCUGUCAUCACCAUUUGCUACGAGGCCCAGGCCCGCCUCAGGGACCCCGUCUACGGCUGCGUCGCCCACAUCUUUGCCCUUCAACAACAGGUGGUGAAUCUGCAAGCAGAAAUCUCCUACUUACAAGCCCAUCGCGCCACCCUGGAGCUUCCAACUCCGCCGCCUCAGCCGCCGUCGCUACUGGCACCACCACCGCCGCCCUUAUCCAUAGCCGACCUUCCCGCAUUUUCAGCAGUUCCAGCAACGUAUGAUUUGUCGUCUCUAUUUGAUCCAACGGCAUGGAAUCUCCCUCAUCAAAGCGACACAUUAACAUCUCAGUUUCCGACACUUCGAGGCGGCGGCGAUCUUCAAGAACUGGCUCGUGAGUUUCUGGCUAGACGCGAGCCACGUACAAAUCAACCAGCUUCGGCCUUGCCACCUCACUCUACCUAAUUCAAAUUCAACAAAUAAUUAAUGGAAAACAAAAUUAACUUUUUUGUCUCUCUUUUUUUUGCCUUUUGCUCUUCGGGAACUGAUUCAUCGAUCAUAAUUCCAUCUGAUUUUGA